AUGGCAUCAUCAAAAGGAGGAGGAGUAGCCACCAGUCCAGCGGCGGCGGCAGUGAGAGCAUCAGAUAUGGAGAAAAUGAGUAUAGAACAACUAAAAGCAAUAAAAGAACAAACAGAUCUUGAAGUCAAUCUCUUACAAGACAGCCUUAACAACAUUAAAACAGCCACUGGUCGUCUUGAAAACGCCGCCUCUUCACUUCAUGACCUCUCUUUCCGUCCUCAAGGAAAGAAGAUGUUGGUGCCAUUAACUGCUUCACUUUAUGUACCGGGUACACUUGAUGAUGCUGAUAAAGUUCUUGUUGAUAUUGGCACCGGAUACUUUGUUGAGAAAACAAUGAAUGAAGGGAGAGAUUAUUGUGAGCGCAAGAUUAACUUGUUGAAAUCUAACUUUGAUCAGCUUAUUGAGCUUGCAACUAAAAAGAAGACUGUAGCAGAUGAAGCAGGGGCAAUCUUACAGGCGAAGCUGAGGCAGUUGGCUCCUACAACUUAG